AUGGGGUCCCCACACCGUCAGCACGUCUCGAGUCUAGUACCUUCGAACCCUCGUAUCCUUACAGCAGUCCUGCUGGCUGUUGCAGUGGUCAAUUCUGCGACUCUAGGUUACGACAGCUCGGUCAUGAACGGACUGUUGAUUCUACCGUCGUACACUGAGUACUUCCAUCUGACUGACGCCACGAUUGGGCUCAACAACGCAGCAGUAUGGAUCGGAGAGAUCAUCGCAACUCCGAUUAUGCAAAUUAUUCCGGACCGAUACGGUAGAAAGAAAGCAAUCCUGAUUGCAACCGGCAUAACCAUUGUCGGUAUCAUCUUGCAAGCCUCGGCACAGAGCAUAGCCAUGUUCGUCGUGGGUCGAAUGAUCAUUGGAGCUGGAGCCUGCUUGAGCAACGUAUCUGCACCGCCGCUUCUGGGAGAACUGCUUCCCCCUCGAAGUCGAAGUUUCAUGCUCGGGCUCUUCUUUUCCUGCUUUUAUGUUGGAAGCCUCUUGUCUGCGGUUAUCAACUACGGUAGUCAAAACAUACAAUCUACCUGGUCUUGGAGGCUUCCAUCAUUGUUACAGCUUCUACCUAGCGUGGUCGCCGCCAUAUUUCUGCCUUUUAUUCCCGAAUCACCACGAUGGCUCAUCGUGCAUGGAGAAGAGGCACAUGCUCAGGAAGUUCUGGCAAUAAUGAAUGGAGACGAAGACCUCGAUAAGGCAGCGGUAGCUGCACAAGAGAUCCGUUUGGUAAUCGCCAACGAAGAGACUGCGUAUCCUCGUAACGCAUGGCGAGAGAUUUUGUCAGGCCCCGCUAACAGAAGGCGACUUCUACUCUUGGUCGUCUUCGGAGCCAUGAUAAAUACACUGGGAAACUUCAUCGUCUCUUUCUAUCUAUCUAAGAUCCUUGAUCAAGCUGGUAUACAAGAGACAUACAAGCAGACACAAAUCAACAUUAUUCUCUCUUGUUGGUCGUUCGCCAUAGCCAUACUCGGCAGCUUUAUGCUGGAUAUCAUGGGCCGACGAUUGCAAACCCUCGUCGGACUAUCUGGCAUGAUUAUCACCCUGUACAUGAUUGGUGGCCUCAUCAAACACUAUGGCGAGAGUACUGACACAUCAGGUAUUUAUGGAACGCUAGCUGUAAUAUUCUUAUUCCAAGGCUUCUAUGCCUUCUCAAUCACACCAAUGACCAGUCUGUAUCCCACCGAGAUCUGUCAAUACAAGCUCCGAACAGCAGGUACUGCCAUCUUUAGACUGCUCGACAGUGGCUGCGGUCUUAUGGCAUCCUUCGCCAUGUCUUUUGCAAUGUCCGAUUUGGGCUAG